GGGGGAGGGGCUUGGAAGCGGAAGACUACAUUACCCAGCGGUAUCUCGACAGUGACAUUGGGAUGGGCCCUUCGGCGUACAACGAUUCGUCUAGCGGCGGCAGAAGCUGCGCGGUGAUUGGCUUAGCAGCCUGUCAGUUACUGGCAAGUGCUGUUAAGUCUUGCUGUUGGGCUACACUGAGAGGGAGGGAGAACUGAGCUUGAGGAGCCCGGCCGAGCCUGAAGUGUCAGCUUGAUACUCAUGGACGUUGGACGGACCAGAGGCAGGGAUGGUUGGCUAUGACGCCAAAGCAGAUGUCAGGAGUAACUCCAAGUUGGAGGUGGCGGUGGCGGGAUCAGUGUCAGGAUUUGUCACCCGUGCCCUGAUCAGCCCUUUGGACGUCAUCAAGAUCCGUUUCCAGCUCCAGAUUGAACGCCUGAGUCCAAGUGACCCCAAUGCCAAAUACCACGGAAUCUUCCAGGCGGCCAAGCAGAUUCUGCAAGAGGAGGGCCCAAGAGCAUUCUGGAAAGGACACGUUCCAGCCCAGAUUCUGUCCAUAGGCUACGGAGCUGUCCAAUUUUUGGCCUUUGAAGAGCUGACUGAGCUGCUCUACCGAGCCAACUUGUACCAAACGCACCAGUUCUCAGCGCACUUUGUGUGCGGCGGCCUGUCUGCUGGCACUGCCACCCUCACCGUACACCCUGUGGAUGUCCUGCGUACCCGCCUUGCCGCUCAGGGCGAGCCCAAGAUCUAUAACAAUCUGCGAGAGGCCAUACGGACCAUGUAUAAGACCGAGGGCCCCUUCGUCUUCUACAAAGGCUUGACUCCCACCGUGAUCGCCAUCUUCCCCUACGCGGGUCUGCAGUUCUCCUGCUACCGCUCCUUAAAACGUGCCUAUGACUGGCUCAUACCGCCAGACGGAAAGCAAACAGGGAACCUUAAAAACCUGCUUUGUGGCUGUGGUUCCGGAGUUAUCAGCAAGACCCUUACAUAUCCCCUGGACCUCUUCAAGAAGCGCCUGCAGGUGGGCGGGUUUGAACAUGCCCGGUCUGCCUUUGGCCAGGUGCGGAGCUACAGGGGCCUCCUGGACCUCAUCCAGCAGGUACUACAGGAAGAAGGCACCCGGGGCUUCUUCAAGGGCCUGACCCCCAGCCUGAUGAAGGCUGCGCUGUCCACUGGCUUCAUGUUCUUCUGGUACGAGCUCUUCUGUAACCUCUUCCACUGCAUAAGGAGGGAAGACAGAUAGUUGUGAGGCAGGAGGGGCCUAAGGAGGGGCCCAACAAGACUUGGCUCUGAGCUCAUACUGAACAAUGGCUGCUGCCUGGUUGGCCUUCCAGGCCAGCUGCCGGGAGCAUGAAGUCAUCCGGAGCGGAGCUGAAGGCAGAAGGACGCAAGGUCUUUGCUGAACAAAAGGAAGAGAGAAGGGGAUGAUUGCACUGUAAAAAGAAGGCCUAGGUGGAGGAGCCUGGUGCGCGUGAGUCUCACCUCUGACCAGCCCAACCCAGAAGGAACUGGCCAUCUUCUUUUGCAGUCCUGGCUUUGGGGAGAAUGCUCCUAGCCCUGAUAGGACCACACUGGAGUGCAGACGGAUGGGGCCGGCUCUUUGCACAAUUCUAACCUAUACAACUUGGUCUGCUCCUCCUGCCAACUUAUUUAAUAGACAUUAAAGUAAAACGCGCAUUCCUUGUGUCACUCCUAUAGCUUAGGAACACAUCCCAUCUGAGGGAGGAUGAUGGGGGAGGGGCUUGCAGCCCUGAGGUAGCCAUGCUCAUCAGCUUAGGGGGAGAACCCUGUCAUGUGGGUAGCUUCUGAACUCCUGGGCCCAAGCCUUUGUGUCUGUGAGGCUCCACAACAGGUCAGGAAGGAAACUGAGACAGAGGCGGGAAGUGAAGGGAUGUGCUCCGUGGCAGACAGGAGCGGCUCCCCUCCCACUGGAGUGCAGGGGCCAUCACCAGCUCUGUAGGCAUGCUGCCCACCGUGUCCUCUAAUCCCAGAUGGGCCUCAGGCCCAGGGCAUGGGAUGGCCGACAGCCUGGGGAGGUGUGGUGGGAGCUGUAGGCAGAGUCAGGGAUCCAGAUGAAGAGGGAGAUUUCUGCUCAUGGCACGGGAGAAGAAUCAUGUGACUGCCGUCUUUCCUAUGCUUGAGCCCCGUGGUGGGGUUGAUCUAAAGAGAGAAUGGAGGAGAGAUUUCUUGACUUUGUGGGAUUCCAGCCCCUGCCAUAACUUGGAUUGUAAUGCCUGCUGGGAAUGGCCCUGAUUGUGAAAACUGGGGCUCUGCCCUGCCUGUCAGUUCCACUCUCCCCUCUGUGGUCCACUGUAACCCUCCCCUAGUGGUUGAACCUUUUCUGAUCUUGGCUCCUGAUUCUGAAGACCCAGGGUCACUUGGGAGGGCUUCUGAGAUGGGUGGCCUGUUGGCUUCCUGGGCUUGGAGCAGCAGGAGUGUUUUGUGACCCUUUUGCUGGAGAGAUGUGAAUAAAUUUAUAUACCAGA